AUGCUUGAUCUGAGUCUCUGGUUUGAAAAAACAACAACAACAACUAAACAUGAAGCAAAUCCAUUUCAAUUGGCUUUCUAUCAUGUCAUUCCAUGGUCGAUUAUUGCUGCAAUUGCUACACCACUUCAAAUCCUUUUUCGUUUUCAUGCAUCUGUCUGUCUUUCACAUGUAUGGGCAAAUAUGUACUAUUUGCCAACCUAUGAACCAGUAACUCCUCGUGAUUUCUGA